AUGCAGGCACGCCACAGCACCAUACAGCCCACAGAGCGUGAAUUUAGGUGCUGCCACUAUGUUGUUUUCUCAGCAGGCUGCGGGCUCCAGGUGCUACCCAACCUUGUAGCAUUGAAAUCCGACCAUCUCUCAGUAGUGAAAUCCAACCAUACAGCUACUCAGUUCACCACCUUUCUGCUGACUGGUGUCCCAGGUUUGGAAGACUUGCAGAUUUGGAUCUCCAUCCCUUUCAGCUUCAUGUACCUCCUGGCUGUGAUCGGCAAUGGCCUGGUCACGGCAGUGGUGGCUCAGGACAGGAGCCUCCAUGAACCCAUGUACUUCCUGGCGAUGCUGGCCCUCAACGAUGUCCUGCUUUGUACUGUCACUGUGCCUCAAAUGCUUCUCAUCUUCUGGAAGGGCCCUUCCCUGGUAACGUUUCCUGCUUGCCUCACUCAGAUGUUUUUUGUCCAUGCUUUGUUCCUCUCUGAAUCUGCUGUUCUAUUGGCCAUGGCGUUUGAUCGCUAUGUGGCUAUCUGUGCACCUCUCCAUUAUGCUACCCUACUUACAAGCUCUCUCAUUGGCAAGGUGGGCCUGGUUCUGGUGGCUCGGAGCGUGGCUGUGGUCACUCCCGGUGUCCUCCUGGUUCUGAGGCUCCACUUCUGCCGGAGCAACCUCAUCCGCCACACCUAUUGUGAGAACAUGGGCAUUGCUAAGUUGGCCUGCAACAGCAUUGCACUUAACAGCAUUUAUGGGCUCACUGCUGCUCUCCUCACCACAGGGCUGGACUUUGUCCUCAUCUCCCUGUCCUACUGGCUUAUCCUGAAAACAGUCUUCCGACUACCUUCUAGGGAAGCCCGGAAAAAGGCCUUUGGAACCUGUGGAGCUCAUUUAUGUGUCAUCUUAUUAUUUUACACUCUAGCCUUCUUUUCCUUCUUUACCCACCACUUUGGGCACCAUGUGCCUGGGCACAUCCUUAUACUCUUGGCAAACCUCUACUUACUGAUGCCACCCACCCUGAACCCCAUUGUCUAUGGGGUAAAGACCAAGGAGAUAAGAGUGCGAGUACUAGGACUCUGUAGCCAACUGAAAUGA